AUGUAUCCAGCUGGCCAAAAGAGUUUACAGAAAGAAUGUCAACGUGAAGAGGAUGUCUCUGAAAAGAGGAACAAAAGAAAGGGUAGGACUAACAUUCAGAGACCCCGCAAAAUUAUAAACCGUAUGAAGGUGAAAGACUGUAAUCCUCAAUAUAUGGGCCCAGAUGAAGUCUUAAACAGAUUGGGCUCCAGUUUGGGCAGACGCUGCUACUUGAAGGACAGUAAAGCCCACAAGCCGUCAGAAUCCUUGAAGACUAACACAGUGAGGCCCGAGAAGAAAUUGUGUCCAAAUCAAACUGGAGAAGAUUUUCAAGAGAAUGACAACUUCUCCACUCUUCAGGGUCGUACACAAAUUAAACAACCUGAUAAGAAUAGGAAGAAACUGGCAUCUGCAACAAAGACCUUGGUAACGGCAUCUCAGCACCCUAGAUUUCAGCCCAUUGUGAAGCUAACAAGGAUCGAUGCCAUCAAAUCUCAAGGAGUGUACAAUCUAAAUCCAAUCCGCCAACAGUGUGUGAGAACAUUUAAAUACAAAUUGAAUUCUAAGGAUAAUGGAGGGAUUCAUGGGAGUAAGAAGCCAUAUCACUGUCCUGAAGGUGGGAAACAAUUCUCAGAUAGUCAUAUGCCUAAGAAACGUAGAGAAGAUAAUACAGGGAAGGAGCCACACCACCGUUCUGAAUGUGUUAAGAACUCCUCAAAACCCUGCCAUACCACAACUCCCAUUGUAGAGAAACCAUAUUUGUCUAAACGUGGCAAACGAUUCUCACAAGUGAGCCACCGUCAGACACACAUGAUUGGUCAUGGAGGACAGGGUUUAUGUCGUUGUCCAACAUGUGAAUCAAGCAAUCUUCAGAAACACAUGAGAGUGCACACAGGAGAACAGCCAUUUUUGUGUUCUGAAUGUGGCAAACGGUUCUCACAAGCAGGCCAUCUUCAGACACACAUGAGAGUGCACACAGGAGAACAGCCAUUUUCCUGUUCUGAAUGUGGCAAACGGUUCAAACAAACAAGCCAUCUUCAGCAACACAUGAGAUUGCACACAGGAGAACAGCCAUUUUCCUGUUUUGAAUGUGGCAAACGAUUUACAGGUAGCAAUAAUCAUCUGAGGCAUUUAAGAGUUCACACUG